UAUGGAGACAUGGUGCCCAAGACCAUCGCCGGGAAGAUCUUCGGCUCCAUCUGCUCCCUGAGCGGCGUCCUGGUCAUCGCCCUCCCGGUCCCUGUGAUCGUUUCCAACUUCAGCCGCAUUUACCACCAGAAUCAGAGAGCUGACAAGCGGCGGGCACAGAAGAAGGCCCGCCUUGCCCGGAUCCGUGUGGCCAAGACCGGCAGCUCCAACGCCUACCUGCACAGCAAGCGCAACGGACUCCUCAACGAGGCGCUGGAGCUGAUGGGUACCCCGGAAGAGGAGCAGAUGGGCAAGACCACCUCACUCAUCGAGAGCCAGCACCAUCACCUGCUGCACUGCCUGGAAAAAACCACUGGGUUGUCCUAUCUUGUGGAUGAUCCCCUGUUAUCUGUACGAACCUCCACCAUCAAGAACCACGAGUUUAUUGACGAGCAGAUGUUUGAGCAGAACUGCAUGGAGAGCUCAAUGCAGAACUACCCGUCCACCAGGAGUCCGUCCCUGUCCAGCCACCCAGGCCUCACCACCACCUGCUGCUCCCGUCGCAGUAAGAAAACCACACACCUGCCCAAGUCGAACCUGCCAGCCACCCGCCUGCGCAGCAUGCAAGAGCUCAGCACGAUCCACAUCCAGGGCAGCGAGCAGCCCUCCCUCACGACCAGUCGUUCCAGCCUUAAUCUGAAAGCAGACGACGGACUGAGACCAAACUGCAAAACAUCCCAGAUCACCACAGCCAUCAUCAGCAUCCCUACCCCCCCAGUGCUAACCCCAGAGGGGGAGAGCCGGCCACCCCCUGCCAGCCCAGGCCCCAAUACGAACAUUCCUUCCAUAGCCAGCAACGUGGUCAAGGUCUCUGCCUUGUAAAAGCACUGGACAGAGGGCCAGUGUGGGUAGUGGGCGUGAGGGGGGCUGGCAUGUUGGUGGGUGGCCAUUGGGACCACUCCCGCCCCCUUCCCCCACUAUUUCUGCCUGCCCCCAUUGCACCCCUAGCACUGAAACCUGUGCCUGGAAGGAAAAAGAGGCAGCAGAGGGCACCUGAGCUUCACUGCUGCGGGCGUGGACUGAGCCCUGUGAUACUGCAGCUCACUGGGCAGAGAAGGGAG